AUGUGUUUUUUGUCUAUUGACGCUGAAAAUUUAUUUGACAGCCUUCGCAAAACUAGAACCGGAUCGAUUAUCGAAUUCGGAGAUCCAAAGGCUGUCAGAGAGCUCACUUGUGCACUGCUAUUUAAAUACUUUGGUCUUCGACUCGAAAUCCCGCUCGACUCGCUGUGUCCUCCAGUUCCGAACAGGCUGGAUUAUAUAUUACAUAUUGAAGACUUGCUCUCCGAAUCCAAUCCAUCUUUGGACGCCACUGUACGCGGAAUAGAUAUUGGAACAGGAGCAUCUUGUAUAUAUCCCUUACUCGGCUGCAGCAGAAAUCCAAAAUGGUCGUUUUUAGCACUUGAGAUUGACGAAAGAAGUAUUGAUUUUGCUACUCAGAAUGUGAACCGAAACUCGCUUCAAAACUGUAUCACUGUAGUAAAGGGAUCUACUCAAAAACCCAUCAUCUCAUUACCCAAUGAUAAUCAAAUGUAUGACUUUUGUAUGUGCAAUCCGCCAUUUUAUUCCGAUGAGGAAGAAAUGAGAGUCUCUCGCAGCAUUAAGCAACAAGCACCUUUAUCGCUAUGUAUGGGAUCUCAGAAUGAGAUGCUUCAACCAGGAGGCGAAGUUGCAUUUGUAACAUCGUUAAUUGAAGAGAGUCAGAUUCUAGGAUGUCGUAUUACAUGGUAUACAUCCUUGGUCGGGUUUCGGGAAAAUGCACAAAGACUCGAGGCAUUAUUGCAUCAGAAACAGAUUCCUGUAGUGCGGCGUGCAGUUUACAAACAAGGCCGGACAUCCAGAUCGAUAUUAACGUGGAGUUUCAGAAAAGAGUUUUGUAAGAGUCAAAACUAG